GACUCUCAAUUGACAUCUUCCUUUUUGGAAAUCUUUUAACAUUUAAUCGACAAGAUUUAAUCUCCUUUAUCAUCUAAUGCUGUUCUUCCUUUUUCGAACAACCAACGAGAGUCAAGUCGGUUUCUGUUUCUCUGUUUUCUCCUCCCAGAGGACCCAGAUAUUUCAUUCGUUAAUGCAUUCCCCUUCUUCUCAUUCAUAUCCUUCUAAUCAGAUACAGAUUAGGGAUCGCCAGUCUACCGAAACUCACUUCUCGUUGUUGAAAGGGAAAGCCGUUUUUGUAAUGAUGCAAAAAACGAGAUGAGAACAAGAAAGAAAGGUGGAAAAUGAGGCUAAAAAACUCUGUUGAUACAUGUCAUUAUACAUUUAUGCCAUAUCCCCAGAAAGGGGAAAUAAAGAUCUUACUGGAAGAGAUCCUCACUUCCUUUAUGAUCCGCUCAUGCUCCUUGUAACGUAGCUGCUUUGAAGAAUAGAUGGAAAGUGGUGCUAAUCGCGGUAAUAAUGAGAGUUCUAACAUUUAUAAGGAUUCUUCGUGGUUCAGUCAAUUCCGGAAUGCAUCCAAUCCUUGGAUGGCAAGAUAUGUCUAUGCCUUGAUUUUUCUAGUCGCAAAUCUGCUAGCAUGGGCAGCUCGUGAUUUUGGCCACGGUGCUUUAAUCGAAAUGAAGAGAUUGGAAGGAUGCAAUGGUGGGAAAGACUGUUUGGGUGCGGAAGGCGUUCUGCGGGUGAGCUUGGGUUGCUUUAUAUUUUAUAUCAUAAUGUUUUUGUCAACUGCUCGUACUUCUAAAUUGAAUGAAGCCAGAGACAACUGGCACUCCGGGUGGUGGUCAGUCAAGAGUGUUCUUUGGGUCGGAACGACAAUCAUCCCAUUUCUACUUCCUUCUGGCGUGAUUCAGCUCUAUGGGGAGAUUGCACACUUUGGAGCCGGGGUUUUCCUUCUUAUUCAACUAAUAAGCAUAAUCAGCUUCAUUACAUGGCUGAAUGAUUGUUGCACAUCUGAAAAAAAUGCAGAAAGAUGUCAAAUCCAUGUGAUGUUAUUUGCUACCACUGCUUAUGUUAUUUGCUUGGUGGGGAUCAUUUUAAUGUUCAUUUGGUAUGCACCACAACCAUCUUGCCUCCUCAACAUUUUCUUCAUCACCUGGACCUUAGUACUUCUUCAGCUCAUGACAAGUGUGUCUCUGCACCCAAAAGUGAAUGCUGGCAUUCUAACUCCAGGGCUCAUGGGUCUUUAUGUUGUAUUCCUAUGCUGGUGCGCAAUUAGAAGUGAACCGGCAGGAGAUAACUGCAUCAGGAAGUCAGACUCUGCAACCAAAACUGACUGGCUUAGCAUCAUCAGCUUUAUUGUUGCAGUACUGGCAAUCGUUGUUGCAACGUUUUCAACAGGCAUAGAUUCUAAGUGCUUUCAGUUCAGGAAAGACGAUACACCAGCAGAAGAUGAUGUUCCAUAUGGUUAUGGCUUCUUCCAUUUUGUUUUUGCCACCGGAGCAAUGUACUUUGCUAUGCUUUUGAUUGGCUGGAAUAGUCACCAUGUUAUGAGAAAAUGGACAAUUGAUGUAGGCUGGACCAGCACAUGGGUUAGAAUAGUUAAUGAAUGGCUGGCAGUUUGUGUUUACUUAUGGAUGCUGAUAGCUCCAGUCAUAUGGAAGAGCAGACAUAAUGAUUCCACAUGAGAACUUCCAAAAUA